AUGGAGUCAACGCAAAACAGCAACAGGACAAAAUCUUGGACGGACGAUCUGAAAGUGUGCAAUCAAACGGGUGUUGGGGAAGCGAUAAAUCAAAUUUACAAAGAUGAUGGUCGUCGUUGCGAGGGCUACGAAACGCGUGAUAAGAAAUGUCUUUGCAUAUCCGACAACACCUCACUCUAUGCGAUUCUGUCCGGUCACAACGGUGUGACGGUGGCAGAAAACGCACUUCAAGAAAUUGCAGCCGAGUUGUUGCUGGGACCGCUCAAUUACUGCAACACAGAUGAAGCUGUCAAAGAUCUUAUCCGCCAGUCGUUCAUGUCGGUGGAAAAAAGUUACUUUGAUUCGAUCAAUCAACACGUUGCCACGAAGACCGCUAUCCAGCUACACUUAUCCGCGGACGGUAUGAAUCAGUACGAAAUAUCGCAACAGUUUGAAAAUGUGCUGCAGAAGCUCGAUUCCCUUAACAAUGCACUGUCGGUUGGAAGCAGCGCUGUGCUGGGACUAAUCCAUCGGUCUCAUCUGUAUCUCUGCAACAUUGGUAACUGUCGGGCGCUUCUGUGCAAAACGGACGAGCAUGACACGCUGACGGUGACGCAGCUAAGUGUCGAUCAUAAUUUGCUCAACGCCGAGGAAGUUGCACGUCUGUUCCGGCUUGGGCUAAUGACGCAAAACUUCGAAGGAGUCCCAUUGUAUAGCACCCGCUGUAUUGGCAACUAUUUGGGCAAGGCCGGGUAUAAGGAUUGCAACUUUCUUUCAAGUGCUUCCGCUGAACCAGUGAUUUUCGAACCGGAAAUUGUUGGUGGUAUACAGAUUUCACCGGCCUGUCGAUUUCUUGUGCUGAUGUCGAGCGGACUUUGCCGAGCGUUGCAUGACAUCUUUCCCGGGGACGCAUCCACGGGAAACCGAGAGCUGGUACGCAUGAUUUCGGAAGAGUUUCAAAACCAGUCUACACUCGGUGGAGUUGCACAGUCGGUUGUACAUCGUAUUGUCCAAGCGCAUCAUGAUACGUACAUGCAGUUGGUCGAGGAACAUAAACCCCUCACGUUCAACAGCCGUGACGAUGUGACUUUGCUGAUACGCAACUUCAACUAUUCACUGCCAAAAGCGUUCGUGAACCGCAAGAAUGGCAAUCGCAGUCUUAACUCCACUACAUCAUUUAGUUCGACCAGCUCGGAUGCAACCCCUACGGAUUCUACCAUUCAUACGAACAUAUCCGUGACAAGUUCAAAUAUCACACAGUCCGGCAAACCUUAUGAUACGAAUGCGCGGAUUCGGCCGCACGUGGAUUUUGGCGAUUUCUACAAACGUGUCGAGGAAGCUCGAAAAUGUGGUACUUUACCGCCAAACAUAGAGUUUGACUAG